AUGUUGGGCCAGCAUUUGAAUUGGAAGGAUCCCCAUGUUUUAAACCUGGGGGAGGCGGAUGAAAGGUUGUUGAGGAAUGUCCUAGACAACAGAGAGGUGUCUUGCUCUAGGGAAGUGGAUGAGAUAAUUUGGUGUGGUGCCAAGAGUGGCAGUUAUUCAGUCAAGCUGGGGUAUACUCUGUUGGAGAUAGAAGGCAGGACGAAGGAAUGGGAAUCUAAGCUUUGCUGGAACAAAGAGUGUUUACCGAAGGCGGGUGCCUUCUCCUGGCUGGUAGGCAAUAAGCGGAUUCAGUCAGGAGAUAGACUCAAGAAAAUGGGGUUUGCAAGCCCAUUUCGUUGUGUGCUCUAUGAGAAGGAGGAAGAAGAUGUGGACCACCUUCUAUUGAAUUGUGAGUUUGCCCAGGAAGCCUGGCGUUUUGAGUUGCAGAGGCUGAAUUGGAAGGGACCGAAGGCAAGGAAUUUACUAUUUGAGGAUAAAGCAGAAAAUACAGAUCACUUUCUGAUCAUAUUAGAGAAGGCGAUCUUGGAAUUAGUCACUAACGCUGCUUCCCAGGUUAACUUGGCAAAGGCUCCUUUCAUUCAGUUUGAUGCUGGAGUCUUGGUCAAUUUUGAUGGCACUUCUAGGGGGAAUCUCGGGGUCUCUGGCGUUGGGGUCAUAGCUCAGGACGAAUGUGGAAACACUCUAGCUAUUGGGGCUAAAAGGUUGGUGGAUGGUUUGAACAACAAAGCCGAGUGUCAAGCAGCUAUAGAAGCCAUUCUUAUGGCUAAGAAUUUGGGAGUGAAGAAACUCCACCUAGAGGGGGACUCUCAGAUUGUGGUGAAUGGGAUAGGUAGAGGUCAUAUGAAGGCAUGGCAACUGGACAAACACAUUAGAAGAAUGAAACUUCUUCUUUAUGGGUUUGAAGAUUUUAAGGUGUCACAUGUUCUCAAGGAAGCAAAUGUAGAGGCUGACAAGCUUUCAAAUGUGGGAGCAAAUGGUUCUUUGGAUAGCAACAUUAAUUUAUUCGAGGACCUACGAAAUGUUUUGGACGAAGUUGAGUGGCAGGAUGGAGGCCGAUUUCUCUUUGUUGACUGA